AUGACAUGGUGCCGCGUGCCACCGAGUAAAAAAAGGUGCUGUUGGAUGGCCCACGCCAUGAACAAAAAGAACAAAGGGAAGGAUUCACCAAACCCUCAUGAUAAAGGCAAAUUCCGCUAUGGUGAUAUGUUAAAGCGUUCCCCUACCGCCAUGUGUGGUGUGAAAAGGAAAUCCAUGGGAAGUGCAAAAAGAACAUUUUCCCCCAUAAGAACACAUUACCCCAUAAGAACACUUUCCACCCAUAGGUAUUUUUGGUUUAUUGGCACCCCCACCGCCUGCCCCACCACAACGAUGUGUGAGGUAUGUUUGGCUUUUCCUGAGGGGAUGGAAGUGCGUAAGCUGUGCGCCGCGAUUGGACAGCCCUCAUUGCCAAAGGCGAGCCGUGAUUCACUUCAGAGGUCCGCGGC